CCCACAUUUUCCCUUUGGGCUGAAACCCAGCAUCAGCAAAAUAAGACUCUGGGGAAUCUUCCUGAGAAAGUUCUGAGAGAAUGAAAAUGUGUUAAGAAUGGAAUGAUCUGAUGUCUCAGGAUCCUAACCCCUUCCCAGUAACCUCCACCUGAUAUUCUCUUUGGUUACAAUUAAGGGUUAAUUACAAACAAGUGUUUAAAAAGGCUGAAGGCCAACAGAGUUUGCAACCUCAAAUCCUGCAACACUAACAAAACUGAUUGGAAAUGAAUGCAAGAGGCCUUGGAGCUUCACUGCAGACAUCCAUGCCCUGAAGGAGGCCAGGUUCCCCUAUAUUCCCCAAACCAAACUCAUGGUGGAGUAAACAAUCCUGCAGAGACACAAUUACAGCAAAUGCCUUGGAAUCAAGAAAUGACUGUACCUUGUAAGGCCAAUGAGGCAUCCUGAGCCAAACCAGGAGGGACAGCGACAGCAACAAAUUUCAGUAACAGGACUCACCGGGAUGUACAGGAACUGACCAAGUGUUCCUGGCCCUGCUGUGGAUUUGAAGAGGUCUUAUUUCCUGCCCUUCCCCGGGAUUGCUACAGAAGGUGCAAGUGCAAAGCCUCCCAGCUGAGCGGAGAACUGAGAAUAAGAAUCCAAAGAGUAACCCAUCCCCGCCGGAGCAAACAUCCUUUCCAAGUGUCAUCUUUAAAACAACACUACACUCCUGGGAUGCAGCUGUCUGGACACUGUGCCAGGAGCUGCAGCAAGUGGGGAGAGAGAAUCAGAGUCUCGGGGAGUGUGUUGAGGACUUGACAAAGAGAGUGUCUGCUAUGGAGUCCAGGCUGGCUGCUCUCAAGCAAGCCCCAGCUGUUGCUGGCCACCCCACAGGCACUCUCUUGAUUCCCAAGGUAGAGGAGAUCCAGAUACCCCUGGCAGAGAUGGAUGAAAUAAGGGCAAUGGAUUGUGGGAGAACUGGAACUGACUUGCCAGCUGGACACCCUGAGGCUGUGGAAUCGGGAGAGGUUCCAUCCACUCCUGAGGGACAGUCCCUGCCCCAUAAUCUUCCUGCAGCAGCCAGCAUCCCUGACAGCUCCCUCCUGUGCAUCUCCCCCGAGGAAGACAGGAGACUGUUUGAGGAGGCCGAAGGCGACAUUGCCAAGUAUGCCCUGGCAGUGUUCAGACACACGAUGCCGCAGGAUUAUUACCAGCAGUGGCGGGGAAAGGCCAAUGUGUCUGGCACACACCAGAAAGCCGCCCUGUCACCCAAUCUGGUGAACGCAGCGUUCAAAGGGGCAAAGAGAUGGAAGCCAAAGCUGGCAGGUAAAGACUAUAGUAACAUCAAAAUCCAAAUCAACAACCUCAUGCGAUCCCGGAAGAGCAGAAGCCUGGUUGAGUCUACAGGGCAGAUGUAACAGCACAGCUCCUCCUAGUACCUGGACUUUGGAUCCUUCCUAUAGAAGAGUUAAGAAAACCCUGGGAAUCUCUCCAAGGGGAACUGUGCCUGAGGUACCAGUCACUCCGAGUUGUGCAGCUCUCAUGAGUUUGCUCUUGGGCAGGCCACAAUUUUAUCCCACUUACAACAUGGAGGGGACAAGCAGUGCUGCCAAAAGACAUUUACCACAUGUUGGUGAGACCUUCACUCUGCAUGUUGCAAAGAAUUAUUGCUGAGAGUGGAGCCCCCCAGAAGGAUUUGCCCAGGAUGGGGGAAUCACCACCUGCAGGCAUCUUUUUCAAACCGUCGCUGCCACGUGGGAACACAACUGUCUGCUUACUGACCCAGGCGCUGCAGGAAGUGAUAAGAGAGAAUCAGAGUCUAGGUGAGCGUGUCCAGGAUUUGACAAAGAAAGUGUCCACAAUGGAGUCCAGACUGGCUGGUCUCGUGCAAGCCCCAUUCCCAGAUGUGACUGGCCACUCCACAGGCACUCUCCUGCUUCCCAAGGUGGGAGAGAUCCAGAUACCCCUGGCAGAGAUGGAUGAAAUGAGGGUAAUGGAUUGUGGGAGAACUGGAACUGACUUGCCAGCUGGACACACUGAGGCUGUGGAAUCAGGAGAGGUUCCAUCUACCCCUGAGGGACAGUCCCUGCCCCAUAACCCUCCUGCAGCAGCCAGCAUCCCUGACAGCUCCCUCCUGCGCAUCUCCCCCCAGGAGGACAGGAGACUGUUUGAGGAGGCUGAAGGUGACAUUGCCAAGUAUGCCCUGGCAGUGUUCAGACACACGAUGCCGCAGGAUUAUUACCAGCAGUGGCGGGGAAAGGCCAAUGUGUCUGGCACACACCAGAAAGCUGCCCUGUCACCCAAUCUGGUGAAUGCAGCGUUCAAAGCAGCAAAGAGGUGGAAACCAAAGCUGGCAGGUAAAGACUAUAGUAACAUCAAAAUCCAAAUCAACAGCCUCAUGCGAUCCCGGAAGAGCAGAAGCCUGGCUGUGUCUACAGGGCAGAUGUAACAGCACAGCUCCCCCAGUACCCGAGCUUUGGAUCCUUCCUAUAGAAGAGUAAAGGAAAUCCCAGGAAACCAGUCAGCACUGGGAAUCUCCCCAUGGCUCCAAUGGGAACAGUGCCUGAGUUAUGACAUCAGGAACAGGCAGUCAGUGUGGUACAAAUCCCAUGUGUUUGGUCUUUGGGAGGCCACAGAUUUAUCACAAUUGACCACUCCAUGUUGUAACUGGAACAGUGCUGCCAAAAGAUAUUUUCCAAGUACUGAUAAGACCUUCAUGCCAGCGGUGAUGAGCAUUACAUACAUGUCUCAAUAGAUUAGAUGGUUGAAGGGUUUUUUUGCAUGUUAAUGUCGGAUACCUUCUUGGUGCAGGUAAAAAUUACUAGGAAUCAGGUCUACAGAUCUCGUAGUACUGUUAUUGGUGUGCUGAGAGAAAUAUAAUCGUACUUUGGUAAUAAGGGCAUGAAACAAAAAAACAAUGAUCCUAACAAAAGGCUGGAGAGACCACAAAAUGAGUCCAAUGAAUGUGACUAGAGCAAGUUCUGCAGGCGAGAUCACUGUGCCACUGUCUCAUUCCUUCUGGCUUUAUGAUAAAGUCCUUGUUGAAACUAUUCUUCAAUAAAAGUGCAAACUGCUUUCAAGCA